CUGAGCGGUGCAGGCAGGGUGGCUGCGGGGGUGAGGCGCGGGUGUGUGUGCGGGUGCGGGGCGCGGGGAGGGGAGGAGGGGUCCGCCGGGUCGGAGGGUGUACGUAGGUCCGGAGCCACGCGGGCUGGCCGCGCCCCCUGCGCGCGCCGCUUCGCCCGGGCCGCUCAUUCAAGUAGCGAGCGCUCCCCGUGCCAGCCGCUAGUCCCAGGUAUGUCCAUUUUGCUUUUGGUGUUAGCACGCCGCGAGUGUACGCCUGUGAGUACUGUGAGUGAGGCCGUGUCUUCGUACACCGUCCGUGUCGCUCGCCGGCUCAUUCCGUGUGUGUCCGCCGCCGAGACACCCCGACCAUCCCGCGCCCCGACAUUAACAAGUGACGACUGUGAUUUAAAUACGCGAUCCAUGUUAGAAUUAGCGGCUAUAACGAUUUAA